CAUGUGGUCGUGCCUAACUUUAUAAAACACCGGCUGGUAGAGUUUGUUGGUUCAGUGUGAAAAGAAACUCAAAGCAGUAAAGACUAAUUCUUUCGUGGUGAAUUGUGUGAAAAAUGUGGUUUGAAAUAUUUGUCUGAAAGACCAUCUCUUUGAAUCCAUUUUGAGUUGUGAAUUCGUGAGAAAGCCAUAGAAGUUUUUAAGCAUUUUUUUGCGCCUCUCCUUGGACAACAAAUCGAAUUGUAUCGAUUUUUAUUUGAGUGUUGAAUACAGGAGUUGGUCGGAAAUAUUGUGUGUAAAUUUUUUGAGUUUAUAAAUUUACUCAAGAAGACUCCAACGGUGUGAGUGUGUGUGGUCAAAUAGAAUUUUGCUGAGGAGAAUUUCAGGGAAAAUUCCCUGGGAAAUUGGCGGGAUCUCGUGAAAAUUUCACGACUGGCAAUUCCGCGGGUCAACACGGAGAGAUAACAAGACAUCAGGAUGGUUAAUGAAUAUGCAGGACCUCCUCCGCAGGAGCUGGAAACAUUUCUGCCACAGGAAGGAACAAAUGGAACAGUAAAAUACAAAAUAACCCCGAGGAAAGACAUCGAAAAUGGUGCCAUCAAAGAUGAAUAUAAUCCCUUCAAGGAGAGAAAUCUGGAACAUCCUACAACGGAUGGCGAAACACUGACCCACCUGCUGAAGGCUUCGCUCGGAACAGGAAUCCUGGCCAUGCCUGUAGCUUUCAUGUACGCCGGUCUGGCCAUGGGGAUUGUGGCCACGAUAGUAACGGCCCUCGUUUGCACACAUUGCGCCUAUAUCCUCGUAAAGUGCGCCCAUACGCUGUAUCGGCGCACCCAUACGCCACAGAUGAGCUUUGCCGAAGUGGCUGAGGUGGCGUUCCAGAAUGGACCCAAAUGGGGACGUGGCUUCGCUCGGCUGGCCAAGUGGAUCAUCCUCAAUAGUCUCUUUAUCACGUACUUCGGUACAUGCUCCGUGUACUCCGUGAUUGUGGCCACCAACUUCCAGCAAGUCUUCGAGCAUUGGUUCGACACAGUUAUCAACCUGCGCGUGAUGAUCUUCGCGCUGCUCAUACCACUGAUCCUGCUUGCGUGGGUGCCAAAUCUCAAGUACUUAGCCCCCGUCUCCAUGGUUGCCAAUGUAUUCAUGGCCCUUGGGCUCGGGAUCACCAUGUACUACCUCGUCACGGGCAUUCCGGAGAAUGCGAUGGAGAAGAGGGAACUUGUGGCGCCCAUCUCCACCAUUCCCGCCUUCUUUGCCAUCACCAUCUUCGCAAUGGAGGCCAUUGGGGUGGUCAUGCCGCUGGAGAAUCAAAUGAAGACCCCAGAGAACUUCACGGGCAUCUGUGGAGUACUCAACAAGGGCAUGAGCGGCGUAACGCUUGUCUACAUGCUGGUGGGAUUCAUGGGUUACCUGUGCUAUGGAGCUAACACAGAGGGCAGCAUAACACUCAAUCUUCCCACGAAGGAAAUUCCUGCUCAAAUUGUGAAAGUCCUUAUUGCCCUUGCCGUCUACUGUACAUUCGGGCUGCAGUUCUAUGUGUGCCUAGAAAUUGGAUGGGAUGCCCUCAAGCCCCACUUCCCCAACCGCCCAACACUCGCCAACUACACCAUGAGGACACUGAUGGUAGUUGCUGCUGUGCUGUUGGCCGUUGCUGUGCCCACCAUCUCCCCUUUUAUCGGCCUCAUUGGGGCUUUCUGCUUUUCCGUGCUGGGACUUCUCUGUCCUGUCUUCAUUGAGAUGGUCACGUACUGGGACGAGGGAUUCGGACGCUUCAACUGGGUCAUCUGGAAGAAUAUCAUUGUUUGCAUAUUCGGCGUAAUGGCGCUCAUUUUUGGCUCACGUAGUGCCAUCUUGGACAUUAUUAAGCUCUAUACGGACCCAACGGAUACAACGCCCGUUCUUGCGGCUGCCGCCAAUGCCACCAUCUAGCACUAAGAGGACUCUUCUUUUUGUCUUUCCUUUCCAACACACCCACACUUUGUCUCUGCUCGACGGCAGGACCGCCUGGCGAUAAUGCAGCUGCAAAUAAAUUGUACAUUUUUCUCAAGACGAAAAGAAAAAGGAGAAAAAUACAAUUAAAAAAUAAUAAAGAUGCUAUCAUUACUUUAGAAUAAUGAUA